AUUAAAAAUGACAUCGUAGCUAUAGGAUAAUCUAUUGGUUGGAAGUUCUUUGUCUGAUUUUGGAAUGACAGCAAAGGAAUUAUCGUAAAAUAUAUAUUAAAUAUGAAGAAACUUAUUUACUCCAGACAACGUGAGAGAUGGAUCAAGUUUAGCAGUAUUGGCUAGACAUGGGAAGAUUGAAGGUUUGAUGAAGAAGUUAAGAACAGAUUAAAAGGUAAAUUAAGAAAUAAAUAAGUUUAGAAAGGAUUAGAUGGUAGUAAUAUAAAUGAUAUGGAAUUGAGAGUGAAGAAGUAAUAUUUGAAUAUAUUAUAUAUUAGUUUUGGUGAUAACAAGCCUGAAAUAAAAGAGCCAAAAACACUUCUGGAAUAUGUAAAAAUGAAAUAUGAAAAGAAUAGAUCCUUGAAAACUUUGAAGAUUAAAUGUUAAGAAUAUUGUGUUUAGCAGCAGCUGUAAAUUUGAUUAUAGGAGUAUGGACAGAAGGAUGGAAAGAAGUAAUAAUAUAUAAGAUUUGAUUAGGGAUGGAUGGAUGGAAUGGCUAUUUUUAUUGCAGUUAUUAUCAUAGUAUCAGUAACAGCAGGAAAUAAUUAUGUUAAAGAUUAAUAAUUUAGAAAAUUAAAUGCUAUAGCAGAGAAUAGAAAUGUAAAUUUAAGAAGAGGAGGAAAAAUAGUUAGUACUAAUAUUUAUGAAUUGGUUGUUGGUGAUAUUAUGAUUGUAGAUACAGGUGAAAAAUUACCAGUUGAUGGAGUUGUUAUUGAAUCAAGUGAUUUAACAGCUGAUGAAUCUUCAAUCACAGGAGAAACUAAUCCUAUUAAAAAGAAUGUUCCUAUUACUUAUGAUUAAAAUGAAAAAGUCAAUCCAUUUUUAAUUAGUGGUUCAUCUAUUAUAGAAGGAACAGGUGAAAUUCUCAUUUUGGCAGUUGGAGAAAAUUCUUAAUGGGGAAUCUCUAAAAAAUUAAUGACAUAAUAAACUAAAGAUGAUAAAACACCAUUAUAAGAAAAACUUGGUAUUUUAGCAGAUUAAAUUGGUGAAUAUGGAAUGAAAGCAGCUGUCACUACAUUUGUUGCAAUGACAUUACAUUUACUCUAUGAUGCAGUGUUUAAUGAAUAUCCAUUAUUUUCAGCUCAUGCUAUUAAAGAAAUAUUAAAUUUCUUUAUUGUCUCUGUUACUAUUAUUGUUGUUGCUGUUCCUGAAGGAUUACCAUUAGCUGUUACAAUAGCUUUGGCAUAUUCUGUUGGUAAAAUGAAGGAUGAAAAAAAUCUUGUUAGAUUUUUAUCUGCUUGUGAAACUAUGGGAGGUGCAAACAAUAUUUGUAGUGAUAAAACUGGAACAUUAACAGAAAAUAAAAUGACUGUUACUAAUUUAUAUAUUGAAGAUACAGAUUUUAGUAAACUUGAUCCUAAAGCUAUCAAAAAUUCAACAUUAGACUUACUAUGUGAAGGUAUCUGUUUAAAUUCAAUGGCUCACCCAUAAAUAGAUGAAUCAGGUAAAUUUGAACAUAUAGGAAAUAAGACUGAAUGUGCUUUAUUGGAAAUGUGUUAUAAAUUUGGAUAUGAUUUCAGAUAAAUAAGAUAGACUUUAGGAGAAAAGAUUAAAAAGAAAUUCCCUUUUAGUUCAGAGAAAAAAAAGAUGACAAUAAUAUUAGAUCCAAAGGGAGACAAAACAUAAUUCAAAAUUUUUACAAAAGGUGCACCUGAUAUGCUUUUAGAAAAAUGUUCUCAUUAUAUAAAUGCUGAAGGAAGAGCCGUUGUGUAAUUAUAAUUUAAUAAAUUGUUAGGAUUACAAAUGAUUACAAAUAGAAAAUAAAUGGUGUGAUUAAGAAUUAUGCAUCAUAAUCAUUAAGAUCAAUAUUAUUGUUGUAUAGAGAAACAAUGAUAUAAGGUAGACCAUCAAAGCCAGAUGAUUUUAAUAAUUCAGAAGAUUAGAUAGAUAAAUCAUAUACAAUAAUAGGAGUAACUGGAUUAUAAGAUCCAUUAAAAGAAGGGAUAAUAAAAGCAGUUUAAUAAUGUAAAGAGGCAGGAGUAACAGUGAGAAUGGUAACAGGAGAUAAUUUUGAUACAGCAGUAGCAAUUUCAAAGAAAGCAGGAAUAUUACCAUCAAAUUAUGAACAUCAUGAAGAUUCAUUAGCAGUAAUGGAAGGAAAGACAUUUAGAUAAAUGGUAGAAGGUUUAGAAUAUGAAAAAGAUUAAGAGGGAAAUGAUAUACCAAAAGUUAAAAAUUUGUAGAACUUUACAACAAUAGCUUAAGAAUUGAAGGUUUUAGCUAGAUCUUCUCCAGAAGAUAAAUUUUUAUUGGUAACUGGAUUAAAAUAACUUGAAAAUGUUGUAGCAGUAACAGGAGAUGGGACAAAUGAUGCACCUGCAUUAAAAAAAGCAGAUGUGGGAUUUGCUAUGGGUAUUUAAGGAACAGAAGUAGCUAAAGAAGCAGCAGGUAUUAUUUUAUUAGAUGAUAAUUUUGCUUCUAUUGUAACAGCUAUGAAAUGGGGUAGAAAUAUAUUUGAUUGCAUAAGAAAAUUCUUAGUAUUUUAAGUUACUGUAAAUGUAGUAGCUGUAUCAAUGGCAUUUUUAGGAGGAGUCUUCUUAAAAGAAUCUCCAUUAACCAGUAUUUAAAUGCUAUGGGUUAAUCUAAUAAUGGAUACUUUAGCUUCUCUUGCUUUAGCAACUGAACCUCCUACUGAUGAAUUGUUAACUCGUAAACCAUAUGGAAGAAAAGAACAUAUGAUUACACCUGGAAUGUGGAGAAGCAUUUUAUGUUAAGCUGCUUUCUAAAUGUUUGUUCUCUUAAUCAUUUUAUUCAAUGGAGAUUCCCUCUUUGGAAUUGAAUCUAGUAGAGGACAUAGAUUAGAUGAAGAAUAUGAGUAAUUAUCUUUUUCUAUUUAGUCCCAUCUAUCAAGAACAUUAUACUAUAUUCUUCCAUAUCUUUGUAUUUUUAUAAGUCUUCAAUGAAAUCAAUGCUAGAAAAUUAAAAAAAACAGAAUUAAAUGUAUUUGAAGGAUUCUUUAACAAUUAUCUUUUUAUUGGUGUUGUUGUUGGAACUAUUGUUGUUCAAAUUAUUCUUGUGUAAUCUAUUAUAUUUCUAUUUAUUAGUUAAUAUGGUGGAAAAGCUAUUAAAGUCACUCCCUUAGAUUUUGCCCAUCAUGUUAUUUGUAUUUUGAUAGGUAUGUUCAGUUUAGCAGUUGGUUAUUUUAUCAAGUAAAUUCCUGAUUAAUAUUUCCAAUCCAUUGAAUUAUUCAAAGAAUAAGUUGUUCCUGAAGCUGACCCAGACACUAUUCAAGUAUUUUAUCUAUUUUUUAUUAAUUUAGGGUAAAUUCAAAAGACCCUCUACAUUCUUAAGAAAGAAGAAAGCAAUUGAAAAUAAAUAACCUCGCAAAGGUUCUUAAGAAAUAGAAUUAAAGACUGGAACCAGUGGUUUUAAAUAAUGA